CACUUUAAACUAGGGCUUCAUCUUAUUCCUCUCUCUAUCUCAUCUCUCGCUGGGUCGUUCACUCUGUCACUCCUCCCACAGAGAACGAUUGUUUCUCUCACAGACCAGAGGCCACCACCCGCCUAGCGCCGCCUGCCACCAUCUAUCUCGGCCUCUUCCUCUCCCAUCACACUCUUAGUCUCACGACUCACGGUGCAGUAGGAAAGGAAGCAAAGGGUAAUUUUGAUUAGGGAGAAAAAUGGCGGAAGAGGAAGUAAAGGCGUUGUCAUAUAUUCCAGAGACAAUUUUGAAGAAGAGGAAAACCAAUGAAGAAGUAGCCCUCAGGAGGAAAGCCCAAUUGGAGCUCAGGAAACACGCUAGCAAAAAAGAUAAGCAGGAGUAUAUCAAAAAGCCUGAGGAGUUUGUCAAAGAGUUUCGCUACAGGGAGGUGGACCUUGUCCGGAUGAGACACCGGUUAAAGAAAAAGAGGCCCGAGUUUGUGACUCCAAAGUCGAAGCUUCUUUUCAUCAUCCGCAUACAAGGAAAAAAUGACAUGCAUCCAGCAGUUAGGAAGACCCUAUACAACUUGAGGUUGAGGAAAGUGUUCAGUGCCGUCUUUGUGAAAGUAAAUGCUUCAGUAAUUGAAAAAUUGCAAAGGGUGGAGCCCUAUGUUACUUAUGGGUAUCCUAACCUAAAGAAUGUGAAGGAGCUGAUUCACAAGAAAGGUUUUGGAAAAGUAGACAAGCAGAGGGUACCUCUAACAGAUAACAAUGUCAUUGAGCAGGCACUUGGGCAACAUGGAAUUCUUUGCAUAGAAGAUCUUGUGCAUGAAAUUGCUAAUAUUGGUCCACAUUUUAAGGAAGUUGCUCAUUUUCUAUUUCCCUUUGUCCUUAACAAGCCCCAAGGGGGUUUAAAAGGGAUAAAGAAAGUGUACAAGGAUGGGGGAGAAUCUGGCAAUCGUGAGGAUCACAUCAAUGAGCUAAUAGAUAUGAUGAAUUAGAAUGCAGAGAACAGAUUGGAAAUAUUUUUGUAACUGCAGCUAGAUGGUCCAUUUUAUUUUAUUUCCUUUUUUAUGUCAAGAAUUUCACAGGUGUUGUAAUCUUCCUUGGAAUUAUUUAAAUAGUAAAAUUUUGGUGUUACUCAUA